AACUCAUUCCUCCAGGGCUUGCUCAUCUCUCCUCAGUAGAGAUCUUUAUCUGAUUAGAGAGCAGUUAAUGUCUGAAUCCUCAGGUUUCAGAAUUGGGCUUUUUCCGCCAAAAGAUUGCUGUCCUGGUAGGCUUGCUGGAUAAGAGGUGUGUUGGGGUCAGAACAAGAGCCCCAGAUGUGUGAAUCAUUUCCCCCAUGGUUCUUGCCAUAGAGCAUGGCUGACCAUGCCGGCUCAUCAUGCUUAAGCUGAAGAGGGAGGUCCAAGGGCACUUCUCCCAGGCUGCCUGCAGUCUCCUUCCUAAUUGCCCUGGUGUUAUGGUGAGACGGUGGUAUGGCCCUGUCCUCCCCGUGGACCAGUCUCCUCCUCCCUGGCCACUGGCUGUUGGCCCAUGGUCUAAGCUGUCCUUGGCUAUUUUCCUUCCUGUAGUGGCUUAGAAUGACCUAACAGGCUGCCCACCACACUGUGGGCUCCUCCAGGAAAACAUCCUUUUUUUUUUUUUUUUUUUUGGUCAGUUCUCUGUCUCCAAAGUGUCUGACCCAGUGUCCUGAAAUGGUGCGUAUCCAUUAACAGGGUGGCUUAAGGGUCAGGGCUUCCCAAGGCAUGGCUUUCCUUUCCUUUUUUUCGAAGGAAGGAGCAGUAGCCCUGUGCACAGACCCUCAGACCCCUCCUGCCAAGACUGUCUGGUCUGUGCUUCAGUUGGGUCCGCUCUGACCUGUGGGGGAGGGGAUGCUCAAGAGUGUCUGAGUCUCUUGCCAGCCAGCCAUGGAGGCAGGAAUGAAAUCCGACAGGCUCUCCCAGGAGCCACACAAUCUGUGCUUUCUUUGGUGUGUGUGAUAAAAGGAUCCAGGAUGUAGCAUCUGAGCUGUCCCAUGGGCUGACCUAGGCUCCUCGUUAUUCAGAAAUCAAUCAACUCCCAACCAUCUAGGAACAGAAUUUGAGAGAUCCCAGAGUAUUCCCCGAGGAAAAGCGAAGCCAGACAAGGUACCUGACUGAGCUCUUAACCCCAAACCCGGGUGGUCAGACACCCGCAGGGCCUACUGAGUGUACAGUGCAGCCUCUGGACCACCACUCCCGCAGAGCUGUGGUUUCUAUACUGUGUACCUGCUUCCCCUCUUUUCUGCAGAGCUCCUUGGCUGGCAGAAAGAGGUUCCAGAGCACCCGAGGGGGCAGUGUCCUGAGGUUGGAUGGGACUGGUAUAAGUGCUCCCCCCACCCGCUGAGCUAGAGAUGCCAAGGAGCCAUAGGAUGAGGGAGGAGGCAAGAGGGAAUGGUUAUCGGGACAAGGCCCUGAGGUCCUGGGGGUUCUUGAGCCUUUCUGUGCUGGGCUCACUGGCUGCCAGCCCACUCUGAAACCCACUGAUAUAACUGGCAAAGACUCAGAGUUGACCAUCUGGCCAGGCCUGGCAGGGCAGGUGUGGGAACAGCAAGAGUGACACCCUGCAACCGGCAGUUAGGGCCUGGCCAGAUGGCCCCCAAAGAACCCCCUCUGGUGCUGGGCCCUGUCCCGCUUCCAGGCUCUGCUCUGGCAGAAGGUCCAGGGUAUUGGGCCUCCUCUUCAUGCAUUCACUGUUCUCUAAGCUUCAACAGGAGAAAGAAACAUGAUCUAAUUAGGGAACAGGGAUGAAGCUGUGAUUAAAUGAAGGCUGAGUUGCCUACCACAUCUGCAGUGUGUCCUGUUGGGCCAAUAUGAAGGCGAGACCUGACAUGGGUAAUAAAACAGGCACCUCACAUUGAAACCAGGUCUCUUAUUCUUUGCUCAUGGGGGCAACCCUAGGGCUCUUGAGCACCCAGACGCUGUGUGUAUUUCUCAUUUAUAUGGGAAAAGGCUCAUAGCUCUCAAAUUUUUACAGGAAUUUAUAGCCCCCCAAAAUAGUAUUUUUUUUUUAAAAAAGAUUUCAUUAACUAUUUUAAACGAGGGGGAGGCUUUGUGUAUAUGAAUGCAGUGCCCUUCAAGACCAGGAGAGGGCGUCAGAUCCCCUGGAGCUGUAGUUACAGGAAGUUCUGAGCUACCAAGUGUGGAUGCUGGGAACCAAACUCAGAUUGUUUUCCAAAGGAGCGUGCGGCUCUUAGCGGCGGCACCACCCCUCUAGCCCUAUACUGAAAAACCCUUUUAAAUUUUAAAUGUGUGUGUAUAUUGUGUGUAUAGUUGCAUACAGACACACAUGGGAAGGUCAGAGGAACUCCUUCCAAGUAAUGGGUCCUAGGGAUCGAACUGAAAUAGGCUUGCUGGCAAGAACCUUUACUUGGUGAGCCAGCUUUUGAGCCCUGGUAUUGAGAGCUUCUUACAACAGGUGUGUGCCACAGAUGUAUGGCGUGGGCUUGGCGCAUCCAAGCUCCUUUUAGCAAGCAGUGAGCAAACAGGAAGGGGACAGUGAAGUAAGAGGCUGAGGUGUCUGUAUUCCAUCACGGUGCUCCUGUGGAGCUGCUGAACUCAGGACCUCUCUUAGACAGUGUCCACUGAGUGUGGUGUGUCCUUAAGUGAUGCUGGUCCGGGUGCUGAGAGGGACACCCAUUCCUUGGCUUUUUUGUUUGGGGCUUCAUGUGUGUGUGUUUGUUUUUGUUUUGAGGUGGUUUUUGUUUUGUUUUUGUUUUUUGUUUUUUUUCAAGACAAAGUUUCUCUGUGUAGCCCUGGCUGUCCUGGCUGUCCUGGAACUCACUUUGUAGACCAGGCUGGCCUCGAACCCAGAAAUCCACCUGCCUCUGCCUCCCAAGUGCUGGGUGAGGUGUUUUGUUUUUUUGUUUGUUUGUUUUCUUUUCUUUUCUUUUUUUAAAGUUUGCUUUCUUAUGUCUUCACAGAGUAUGGAAGCCUAGUUAGCUUAUCUUGUGCUUAUUCUGUGUUGGAGAUACAGGGGGGGAAAUGUGGCUAAGGGAGGAGUCCAGGGGAAGGACUGAUGUGGCCCAGUUAGACCAGCCCUGGGCUGGUUAUCUGUGUUGUCAUUGGCACUCCAAGGAUGGCUGAAGACUGUGACUGCUGAUAGCUUAUGGGCUGGCCUGUUUCCUCCUCACACUGCAGGACCACAGUCUGGAACCAGACAUCUAGGAGACAUCCAUACUGGCUCAGCCAGUGAGUAACUUAGUCAACACCUUGACCACUCUGCCUCUUGAGAAAUGGGAACAGCUGAGACCCUUGUGCUCGUGGAUGGGAGAAGAAAGCUACCCAGGCUGAGUACCCAGAGCAGGUGUCUCCUGUAAUUAUACUUGUCUUCAUCCCAGAACCAGCGUGACAUUAUAUAAGAGCAAAGAUGAGGCCCAACUCCCGUAUACCAUGGACUUGUGGGUAACUCCAGAACACCUUAGGGUGCCUCACUCCUCUUAGAGCUUAUUUUGUGUCUGUCAGUAUGAGCUCCUAGGAGACCCCAAAAUUUGGUCUCUUUGUCUUUAAUGAUACUGUGGCUGGCAUUUAUUGAGCAUGUGUCUUGUGCCUGGCACCAUUUCCUGUAGCUAAUAUAUACUGGGCCAGUCAGUGUUUCCAGCAACCCUAUGGGACAGAGCCUAUCCCCGGGUUGUGCUGGAGAGCAAAAGUGCAGGGAUGGUGAGUCCCACUUGCAGGGCUUCUCAGCUAGCAGCCGCAACACCAACAACCCAGCAGUGUGAUUCUAGGCUGUGCACACACCAGGACCCUCACUCAGCACCUGCCAUCAGGGCCCAGCAAAGAGGUGGCAUUCAUGCAGCAUUUGCUGACUAGCGCUGAGAGACUCCAGCAGAGAUGAUGCAAGGUGUGCUCUGUGCCUAAUUCACCAUUUCCUGAGUACUGGAGCCUGCCUCUGGCAGAACUGUCUUGAAGUAAACACAGGCAUGACACAUCCCAGGACCUUACAAGGGUUGGUGACAUCAGCCACUUGUCUGUGAUGUUGGGCGUUUUGUAAGUAUGACAUUACUUUUAUAAUUAGAAAUCGGGAAAUAACCCAUUUGCGUUUUGUUGUUGGCAUUUCCCAAGCACAUCCAGUAGGAAAAGGUAUUACCGUAAGUAGGAAUAGCAGGGACAGAUGUUUGACCUCAGAAAGUAAAGGACUGUGCUCUUAACCACACUGAGGAAGACAUCACUGGUUUUCAGUGACAAAGGGUUAAAUAUAGUGGGGAAAUACUAAAUCAAACAGAAUCAGACUGUCAAUGCUCAUGUGAUUUUUUUUCUUCUCUAGUGCUAAAGAUUGAACCUGAUGUGGGUCUCGUCAUGCUAGGCAAAUCAAAUGCUCUCGUCGCCAUUGAACUAUGUCCUCAGCCCCUAGACCAAAAUAUAAAUCUAAAAAACUGAGGGAAGGAAAAUUUGGGAACACUUGUAAAAAAAGUACUGAGCAUUGCUUGGGUCUCAGGCUUGCGCAUUGCAGUGCCUGUGGACACCAGAAGAGGGCACCGGUUAAUUGCCCCAACUGAACUUCUGGUAGUUGUGAGCUACCAUGUGGGUGCUAGGAGUUGAACCCAGGUCCUCUGGAAGAGCAGCCAGUGCUCUUAGCUGCUGAGCCAUCUCUCCAGCCCUAAGAGCUCACAUUUAUUGACCACUCACCCCUGUCAACCUUCCAGCUAAGAAUAUUACAGCUCCUUCUUGCUAUUUAUUCCUUACCCUUUCUGCUACAGCAGGGGGCGGCGAGAAAGGCUCAGGCUUGCAGGUACCUGUGAACUUGAAGCUGUGGAGGAAAUAUGCAAUAAGAGUUUGGGAACUCUGAAAUCCACAAAGUACCUGUUCUGCAAACACCAACACCUGGCCCAGGAACCCAUGGGUAGGGUCAGAAAGGGGUUGCUCCGUCCAACUGCAGAGUGGAAGGUAGUAGAAGAAACAGAUGGUAGUCCUGUUAGCUGCCUUGGGAGAGGCAUAGGCAGAAAGGAGAUUCAAGGGCUGGCAGCUGCUGGGGAGGGCCGCUGCCGAUUGAACAGAUGAGUGGCAGGGUCCUAGCGACAGCUUACAGGAUGGCAGAAGAGGGAGCACAGCGUGACACGGGGCCCUUUGAAUAGCCACUACCUUCCCUCCUUGAUGGGAAGUAUUUCAGCACUUUAGCAGCACACUGGCUAGAAGAGAGGAUAUAACACCCUUGAGUUAGGUGCCUUUCUGGUGCCCUAGUUGGCAGUUCCCCCCAUCUUCCCUUGAGCCAGAGGCUUUGAUCCCUAUUCAAAAGUGGAUUCACCAGUGAGCCUGAACCUCCCACGGCCACUGGUCAUUUAGGUCAUUCAAAGGUCAGAGUGGCUGGGGCAGGUGGCACUCACGUCACUUCAAUAGAAGUCCGAGUAGAAGCUCUUUAGACAUCCAGGAAAUACACAGUCAGCAUCUGCUGUGUGUUGGGCCUGUGAUGAGGGCUGGGUAGAGCAGUGGGCACAUCCGAGGGGGUCAGGGGACCACAGACAACAGAUUGUAGUAGGCCAAAUGUAGUCUGCAGGGACCGUUUUCCUGUAAGUAAUUUAUCCCCCUCUAAACACAGAAACACUGGGCAAGCAGGCUUGGGAUCUGACUUGGAUUUUCUGUGCCCAGAGUGGGUACCAGUCCUGCCAGCCUUCCCAGCUGGUGACUCUGCUGCCACUCCUGUUCUGGGCCUUGUGGGUAGCUCUCCGGAUGCCCCAGCCCAGGGUGGGGGGUCCAAGACUUCCUGGAGGAGGGCGUGGAACCAGGAGUACAACAGAGAAGCCAUUGAGCUGUCUGCCGGACUGCCACCUGGUUGCCUACAGGCACUGUCAGCCUGGGAGGGGUGGGGAUUCCAGGAAGAAGCAACCGUGUGCAACUCUGACCAGCAAGCCUGAGGGGAGGCCUGGAAGGGCUCUGAAGUCGGGCUCCAGGGGGCUAGGAGGGGUGCUGAGGGCUGUACCUCACUUCUCUGGGAAGCUUCAUAGAAUGCAGACUUGUUUGGAAAGACUUGGUCCUCCUUUAAUGACCCCAUCUACCUAGGCUUAUAUUUUUUUCUGCGUUGUCUAAAUCAAUGAAGGGGGUGGGGUGCUUUCAUCCUCUCCUCUCCUUUCGUGUGAUGUAUUUCACAUAAUUACUGAGAGCUGUCAGUUCUUGGGUAUUUAUCUGCGAAUGUGGGUCCUGCCUCCAGGAAGUGCCCAGUCUACCUAAAAACACAACAGUAGAAUAAGUAUUUGCUAUACAAAACAAUCAGACAGAGGUACCUCUCUGGCUGGGCCAGGAGGAGCAUGGAAGGGGCUUCUGAGAGAAGAAACUUGAGUAAGGAUUGGCCAGGAUAGGAAAGUGGUGCAGGCAGGGAGGAGACCAUUGAGUGAAACAACCACGGUGCUUUCAGAGCGGGGUUCAAAGAGGAAGUAGACUCUCCUGUUCUCUAACCUUGAACUCUUUUCUCAAAAACACUGGAGGUCUAUUUAUUGUGAGGUGUGAGGAUAGUGUGUCAGGUGAUUCAGACACUGUAGAACGGCAGCCACACGCGAGUUGACGCUGUGUGCUGACUGGCACAGUUGCCAGCAGUGGGCAGUGGGUGAUGCUGGGGGUAGAGGAGGACAGUGUGUGAUGAACCUGAAGAGAUUCAUCUGUAUCCUGGAGAAAGGAGGACUGGGGGUGAAGGGCUUGAGAGAUGGUGCUGACAGAAGAAAAGAGGAAGAUGUUUACAGCCUUCUGUCAGUUGCUUAUUGGAGCUAGAGAGUCACGCAUAAGAUACACAUGUAGGCUAGCAGAUGACCAGGAGUCCCGGUGGGUCGAUGUGAGCUACCCCAAGCAGGCAGGUAUGCAGGGAAGUAAAGGAACUAAGGGCCAGACUGAAACAAGGUAGGAGCUAAAACACCUGAGGAUAAGGUAGAGGCAGCCACUGGGUCAACCUCAGAAACCUAUAGAUGGGCCACAUGGGGCCAACGGGAUGUGUGAGGCGGGAUUGUUUUUUUCUCCAUCUUGUCCUCUCAGGGGUCCCCAUUCCCAGGUCCUCUCACUCAGGGCAGGGUGACCUGGCUCAGCUGUCCCCAUUCCCAGGUCCUCUCACUCAGGGCAGGAUGGUCACCUGGCUCAGCUGGCUCCCUCGGAUUUGAAGUCUAGGCUUCAGUUGGGUGAAAUACAGGAGUGGCCGUUCCCUAUGCCCCAAGCCCCGGAACCACUUCUGGUGCCAGCUGUGACCCUCCGAGUGCUGCAGUGCUCCAGGGUCUGGCUUGUUGGCAAUCCUAGAGGACUAUGCGGACCCAUUUGAUGUUCAGGAGACUGGUGAAGGCUCAGGAGGGACUUCAGGAGCCCCGGGGAAGGUCCCUGAGAAUGAUGGCUACAUGGAGCCCUACGAGGCCCAAAAGAUGAUGGCUGAGAUCCGGGGUUCUAAGGAGACUGCAGCUCAACCCCUACCUCUCUAUGACACACCCUAUGAGCCAGAAGAUGAGGGGGCCAGCCCAGAAGGUGAGGGGACUCCCUGGCCCAGGGAGUCGCGCCUGCCAGAGGAUGACGAGAGGCCUCCAGAAGAGUAUGACCAGCCCUGGGAGUGGAAGAAGGAACGGAUUUCCAAAGCCUUUGCUGUUGACAUAAAGGUCAUCAAAGACCUACCUUGGCCUCCGCCGGUGGGACAGCUGGACAGCAGCCCCUCCCUGCCUGACGGGGACAGGGACAUCUCCGGUCCAGCUUCACCCCUCCCUGAGCCCAGCCUGGAGGACAGCAGCGCCCAGUUUGAAGGAUCGGAGAACUGCCUGUCACCUGGCCGGGAGGAGAAGGGGCGGCUACCUCCCAGGCUAUCUGCUGGGAACCCCAAGUCAGCCAAGCCCCUAGGCAUGGAACCCAGCAGCCCCCUGGGGGAGUGGACAGAUCCAGCACUGCCUCUGGAAAACCAGGUCUGGUACCACGGGGCCAUCAGCCGAACAGAUGCCGAGAACCUGCUCAGGCUGUGCAAAGAGGCCAGCUACCUGGUGCGCAACAGUGAGACCAGCAAAAAUGACUUCUCUCUCUCCCUCAAGAGCAGUCAGGGCUUCAUGCACAUGAAGCUGUCCCGGACUAAGGAACACAAGUAUGUGUUGGGCCAGAACAGCCCACCCUUCAGCAGCGUCCCUGAAAUCGUGCACCACUAUGCCAGCCGCAAGCUGCCCAUUAAGGGAGCGGAACACAUGUCCCUGCUCUACCCUGUGGCCAUCCGGACUCUGUAGAUGUGAGACCAGGGCACUAUGAUAGACCUGGACCCAGUCCUUGUCACCUGCACGGGGGCAGCGGUUCUUACCAAGGACAUGAUGUCAGAAACCUGGCUUCCCCUUGUCCUAGGAUCUAGCAGGCGCUGAAGAUUCCUUAAUUUAUUAUAAAGGGGAGGGAAUCCUGGGCCUUGGAAUAAAGGGACUGUGUGGAGCUGGGCACCGAGGAGAGCCUGAGGAGGAAGGGGUCUCCCCGCCCCAGUCAGACACUAGGGAGGGAGUGGCGACCUCCCUCCCGCACCACCCACCCUCCGCAUCCUCCCUUCUCCCCGUCCCCAGCGGGCCGCCCGGGCUCCGGGCCAGAGGCUCGGCCAGGCAGAGCUGCGGCUGCCGGCGCCGCCCAGGGGCUGCCGGGAGGGGGCGGGGAGCGAGCCCGACUAUAAAUUGAGGCUGGAGCCGACGCCGGCCGCCUGCGAAAAGCA